AUGUCAUCGCUGAUAUUUGUGCCGUUCCUCCUCUUGGGGUUAAGGGUCACUGACACCACCACAGACACAUGGAGACACUGUACAGAUCUGCUCCCUCUGGAUCUUCUGUCCUUUGUCCUCGAGAGGGACCCUUCCAAACUUGUGCCAGGGGUGCACAUGAAGCAGGCAGGAGCGGUGAGGGGGAUACACUUAUCAAGCCCUCACACCUCCAUGAGCUUUCCCUCCUCUGAGCUGCUGGUCAACUGCGACCUCUUCCCCAAAGAGUUCUCCAUUGUUGUGACACUAAAAGUCACCCCCAGUGCUGCCAAGCGAAAUGAAUAUAUCUUUUCCUUAAUGGAACCAAAAAAAGUGGAGAAAGCAGGGCCGGUGCAGAAGGAGGAGGAUAAUAUAGAGAGGGAGCAACAUGGAGAGAUGGAGAAGAAAGAGGGGAGGGUGAAGAGUAACGAGGAGCGUGGACGGAUCAUCCUGGGACUGAGGCUCUCGCAAAAACGCCUGCACUUCCUCUUUCGAGGUCACGGAGGGGUCGUGGAGCACUGGGGCUUUCGAGGCGCCCGACUGGCCGACAACCAGUGGCACACUCUGGUAUUAGUUGUUGAUAGUCGUCAAGUCAGGCUGACAGUGGACUGUAGCUUACCACUGGAAAUUGUUCCCUCCAGGCCUUUCCCCACAGACCUCAACAUUCAGGGAUCCAGAUUCCACAUUGGCAGUAGAGGGAGAUGGAAAGGCUUGUAUUCAGGUCUGUUGCGACAGCUGGUUUUGGUGCCAGGAUCAGAUGCCACCCAUCACAUCUGCCCCUCUUCCGAACCCCAGCUAUCAGUUCUGUCAGUACCACCACUUCUUUCAGACCUGUCUGUCGCGGGGAGGGAUGGUGACGGCCACGCAACCUCCUAUGAAACCCAGGAGCGAGUGGCAGUGGGGUUGGAGCAGUCGUGUUCCGAGCUGCUACGGGGCCAGCUGUGGUUCAAUCCGCUAAGGAAAGGACUCUACCUCUGCGAUGGUACAGCUUGGAUCGCUGUGCUAGAGGAUCAUAAACGACUGGACUAUGUGGUGGAACACCAAGUCCUCAUCACCAGCUCAGAGACACAUGAUGUAGAGAUGUUCCAGGUACCUGGCGUGGGUCUAAUGGCUGCGAUGGCUCAUCGGUCAACAGCCUCUGGCUCUGCAGUCUAUCUGUGGAGCAACACAGGAUUCCAGCUCUACCAGAAUAUCAGCACAUAUGGAGCUCUGGCAUGGAGACACUUCAACAUGGGCAAGAAGACAUAUCUGGUGGUGUCUAACUCUGGCGGCGGGUCAGACAAGCAGCGAGAAUCACAGAUGGACUUCUCUGUCAUUUACAAGUGGAGCAAAAAAAGAAAACGGUUUGUGCAGUUCCAGACUCUACAGACCCACUGCGCACGGGACUGGGAAGCCUUUAACAUCAAUCAGCAAGCCUAUCUCGCUGUGGCCAAUCAUAGGAAAGGUAAUAAUAAUCACACCAUUGACAGUGUGAUAUACAAAUGGGACAGGUCAACAAAGUCUUUUGAGGUUUACCAGAUGCUGCCGACCUCAGGCGCCUACGACUGGGAGUUUUUCACUGUCGGACCGUACCAUUUUCUGGUGGUCGCAAACGCCUUUGAUGGAGUGACCACUUCUGUCGACUCAGUCAUCUACGUCUGGGUCGAUGGAAGCUUCAAAGUGUUUCAAACAAUUAAGACAUUCUGCGCCACAGACUGGGAAAUGUUCCAGAUUGGAAGCAGAGUCUUCUUAGUUGUUGCUAACGGACACAGACUUCACGCUAAUGGACCAAGUCAAUACGCCAUCAACUCCACAAUCUAUGAACUGGACAUGAACGGGCAGCUGUUCGUCCGCUUCCAGGAUAUUAUGACCUACAGUGCUGUGGACUGGGAGUUCUUCACCCUCGGGGAGGAAUAUUUUCUGGUUGUCGCGAACUCCUUCAAUGGAGAAUCCUACUCUCUCAACAGCAUUCUCUACAGGUGGCAGGGAUAUGAAGGCUUUGUUCCCGUUCACUGGCUCCCAACGAUCGGGUGCAGUGACUGGGAGUUUUUCAGCUCCAAAGGAGAAUCAUAUCUGAUCUACUCUAGUGCCAAAGUGCCUCUCUCCAAAGUGUUCAAGCUGAAAAUCUACUAGAAAAAGAAGAGAGCGUGCCUGUGGUUUUGUGUAUUGUAUUUAUUUGUGUGUACAUGCAGUUCUUCUUUUCAAGUGUCCGUAUGUUUCCGUGUGAGAAAUCGUAUGAUUGCAUCGCAAGUUGGUUUAUCUUCAUGAUACAUCUUACACACAAUUAGGGCUGUAGCAAACAUAAAGGUCAUAAUCUUGGUAUUAUUUCUGAAAAAAUUCGGGGGGGGUUCCCAAUCUGAGGAGGGUUUUACAUUCUCAAGUUACAAAGAAAUUGCACUUGGUGGGUGUUGAGGAAUAAUUUUGAUAUUUCUUUGAGUAAAUAUCUUUAUAGUGACAUGUUAAAAUGAUUUAGUGUCUAACUUACCCUAAUUUGUUGAAAUUGUUUUAGACCUUAAUGUAUGGAGAUGAAGACUUAACUGAAAAUGUAAUUGAACAGUUUAAGGAAAAAUCAAGUAAUUAGCAGUGAUUCAUUUCAAAGAUGUCAAAUCUGGGGAGCUUGGCAUUAAUGGUGCUAGGUUAACAACUGAUGUACCUCACUUUAACACAAAUAUAAUGUGCACAAGAAGGAUACAACUCUGUGUAAGAUUUUUUUUUAUCUUUCUGUAAAAACAUUUGAUAGUCUAUUGAUAUUUAACAUUUUGUUGAUUAAUGGAAUG